GAAAUCUGCCUGCUAGACAACCACACAGCUAUGAUUUCGAUCAGAGGCCUCGCAGGAUUUUGGAUGACUGCACUGCUGACUUUUCAUGGUGCAAGUGUGGGAGAGAGCCAAAGAAACUCUCUCAAUGAGCCGGACGUCCCUUUCCCGCCGGCCCGUCCCACGGCUCAGAACCUGGCUGCCAUUUGCCAACAAGGUCAGGGUCGUCCCAGAUACCCAGACAGCUUCUUCCCGGCCUCCGGUGCCAGCCACUUUCGCCGAUGUGGAAAGGCCAUCAACCGUCUGGAGUCGUGGUAUACCUUGUGCUGCAGCGGGCAGGUAGCACAGCAGAGCACCCAGAUCCUCUGCUGCGCCCAACAAGCUUGGAAACAAGCUCUGUCCCAGUUCUGUGUGGAAGAGUACGCCACCAUGACACUCCCAUAUGAGUGCUGUGCGGAGAGAGGCGAAGCACGGUGGACCUGCUUCGACAGUGAGCUGCCAAACCCAAACUACAACCCAACACCAGGCUAUACUGCGCCCGAAGUCCCCGAGGAGCCAGGCUUCACCUUCAAUGCAAAUGCUUGCUAGAGGGGAAAAAUGAGAUACUACAUUAAACACAGCCUCACAGUUUGAAGUGUCUAUGAGUGAUAUAAUAAUGAUUUUGUCUAACUUUGUGGAGUCUAUGUGCUCAGAUCCCAUUUGACCUGCAUGAGAGAAAUGUACAAGCUGAGCAAAUAAUAUUGUGCAUCCUGCAGAUCUUUGUCACAGACGCUGAGAAGGGGACAGGGCAUGCUGGUUGUGUUUAUGCUGUGUCAUGAUGACAACAGCUGAAGUUGGUUAUUGUUUUGACAGCUCUCUACCUUAAGCAAGCCUUGACAUGACAACACAUUUUUUAAUAGCGAAUGUUCACUGUUAUAACUCAAAUGUAACCUGAACGGAUUUCAC